AUAAAGCACCAAACUGGGAGCUCCGAGGACUUCUAUAAAAAGGAGUUGAUCUUUCGCCGCAAAGAAGACGUCGCCUCACCCCGCACGGAACGAACCCGACGCCCCCCUUCUUCUUCACACUUCUCCAGCAAAACCAAAAACCCUAGUACGAUUCCUCUCCAUCCGACCCCCUCUCCCUCUCUUCUUCGCCCUCCUCCCCUCCUCCUCCGAAACCCUAGAAUAGCCCGAUGACCUCUCCAAUGGAGCUCCUCCGCUCCCACCUCUCCAAGGUCCGCAUCCCCGAGCCCACCAACCGCAUCUACAAGCAGGAGUGUUGCAUCUCCUUCGACUCUCCGAGGUCGGAGGGAGGCCUAUUCGUCGACCUCUUCACUUUUCUAGCAUUCGGAAAGGAGUAUGUUGGAUGGAACUAUGAGAAGACCGGGAACCCCGUCUACCUCCACAUCCAGCAGCGUAGGAAGCCGGUCCCUGAGGACCGGCCGCUGAAGAAACCCACCCUCCUCGCAAUCGGUGUGGAGGGAGGAUUUGACAAUCAAGAACCUGAAUAUGAAGAAACUUACAGUAUUGUUAUACUGCCUGACUUUGUUUCUCUUCCAUUUCCUUCUGUUGAAUUGCCAGAGAAGGUGAGACUAGCAGUUGAUGCCAUUUUACUCGCUGAAGGUGCUGAGCGCAGAGAGCAGUUAGCAUCUUGGACUGCUGGGAAGAAGAAAGUCAGUGCUUAUGCCAUGACCCUGCAACAGAUUGAUAAUGGUGUUAUUGUGCCUCCUUCUGGGUGGAAAUGUAGCAAAUGCAAUAAAACUGAUAAUCUCUGGUUGAAUUUGACUGAUGGAAUGAUCCUUUGCGGAAGGAGAAAUUGGGAUGGGAGUGGUGGCAAUGACCAUGCCAUUGAACAUUACAAAGAGACAAACUAUCCUCUUGCCGUAAAAUUAGGAACUAUUACUGCUGACUUGGAAGCUGCAGAUGUUUUCUCUUAUCCGGAGGAUGAUAGUGUUGAAGAUCCUUUAUUAGCUCAGCACUUGUCGCAUUUUGGCAUUGACUUUUCAUCAAUGCAAAAGACUGAGAUGACUACUGCUGAAAGGGAGCUUGAUCAGAACACCAAUUUUGACUGGAAUAGGAUCCAGGAGAGUGGACAAGAAGUGGAACCUUUAUUUGGACCAGGCUAUACUGGAUUAAUCAAUUUGGGAAAUAGCUGCUAUAUGGCGUCGGUAAUGCAAGUAAUGUUUACAACUCAUUCUUUCAUCUCAAGAUACUAUGAAAAGCAGAGCUUGAAAGCAGCAUUUGCGAUGGCUCCUGCUGAUCCAACGUUAGAAUUGAAUACACAAUUGACGAAGCUUGGGCAUGGGUUGCUGUCCGGUAGAUACUCUCAACCAGCUAAGGAGACGGAUGAAGUGGGAAAUUCUAAAGCCACAAUAUCAAGUACUAACCAGGAAGGUAUCCCCCCUCGCAUGUUUAAAGCAGUUGUUGCUGCUAACCACCCCGAAUUUUUAAGUAUGAGGCAACAGGAUGCCCUGGAGUUUUUCCUACAUCUACUUGACCAAGUUGAACGUGCAAAUGCUGGAAAACCUGAAUUAGAUCCUUCACGGAGUUUCAAGUUCAUUAUUGAAGAGAGGCUCCAAUGUCCUUCCGGAAAGGUCGCUUACAAUAGAAGAUCUGACUAUAUUCUUUCCUUGAAUAUACCUUUACAUGCCGCCACCAAUAAAGAACAGCUGGAAACAUUUCAAAAGAUGAAAGCUGAGAUGAACUUGGAAAGCAAGGAAAUAGCUAGUGAUGAAAUUGUGCGACCAAGAGUGCCUUUGGAAGCAUGCUUAGCAAACUUUUCUGCUCCAGAGGAGGUGUUUGAUUUUUACAGCACUGCACUAAAUGCUAAGACCACUGCAAUCAAAACUGCUGCUUUGACAACAUUCCCUGAUUACCUCGUGUUGCACAUGCGCAAGUUUGUGAUGGAGGAAGGAUGGGUGCCAAAAAAGCUCGAUGUGUACAUAGAUGUACCUGACAUAAUUGACAUAUCACACAUGCGCAGCAAAGGGUUGCAACCAGGAGAAGAACUACUACCAGAGACGGUUUCUGGUGGGGAGAAUGCGGAGUCUACCCAUGUUACUGCAGACGAGGAUAUUGUAUCCAAGCUUGCAAGCAUGGGUUUUAAUUAUUUCCACUGUCAGAAAGCUGCUAUUAAGACCUCAAAUGCUGGUGUUGAGGAAGCAAUGACCUGGUUGUUGUCUCACAUGGAUGACCCAGAUAUAGAUGAUCCUAUAUCCAAUGAUUCACGGGCUUCGGAGGCAGUGGUUGUUGAUGAAGCAAGCGUCGAAACUUUAAUUUCAUUUGGAUUUCAAGAAGACCUUGCUCGAAAAGCAUUGAAGGCUUCUGGUGGGAACAUCGAGAAAGCAACAGACUGGAUAUUUAGCCAUCCAGAAGCUUCAAGUUCAAUGGAUACCGAUACUGCAUCUAGCACUGCUCAGUCUGCUGAUGUUCCGGGAUUGCCGGAUGGGAGUGGCAGAUACAAGCUGAUGGGACUGGUGAGCCACAUUGGCACCUCGACUCAAUGCGGUCACUAUGUUGCUCACAUCUAUAAAGAUGGCAGAUGGGUAAUCUUCAAUGAUAGCAAGGUCGGGGCGUCCGUAAAACCCCCAAAGGACAUGGGCUACCUCUACUUCUUCGAGAGGAUCAACAGUUAGAAAACCCAAACAUGUUUCCAUCUUGCCUGCAGCACAAGAGGGACUAUAAAAAUACUUCCAUGGUGAACAGUUGAAUCUCCUGUGCUCGGGUAUUCGCAGCCAGCUUAAUACAUGAUGCAUGACUAAAAACAUUUGUUGGCAAUAAGAGCAUUCUUUUGGUCCUGAGAACAUUGUUUCCAUUGUUGCUCCCUGUUCUGAUAUUUGCUUCCGUUCUCUGACACGCAGGUGAUUGAUAUAUUGCUACUCUUUGGUAUCGAGUUGUGUCUAUACAUACUGUUGUAUGAUGUGCUCCA